GUCGAAGAACGCUCGCAGACACUGCUCGAGUUUCGUCGGCAGCACACCACCGAGUGUCCGUUCGCCGCACCAAAUAAUAUAAUAAUAUUAUUAUUAAUUAUUUACAACAGUUCGCAUAUCAUAAGUAUCAUAUUAUAUUGUUAUUGAAAUAUCGUAUAAUCCGCAUGCGAUAUCGUCGUGGUAUUAUUAAUAAAUUAUUUUGACGCGUUGCUACUGCUGCUGCUGCUGCUGCUGCUGUCGACGUUUUUUAAAUUUAUUACUGUGCUUAUAAUACAUAAUACAACGAAUAUAAAGGUACCUACGCGAUCGACACGUAUAAUAAUUGUAUUGCGGUGUAUACGGGCCAAAUUGUGUAAAUUUUUUCGUUUUUUUUUUCCAUAUUUUAACACAUAUUAUAAUAUCAUAUACUUACGCGAUAAAAUUUCAAUCGGCUUUACUUGACUUCUCGACUCGGCCGUUAUUGCAUACGACAAUCACCUCACGUGUCAUACUGAUAUUAUAACACUAUAAUAUGAUGGACGAUCCUUGGUACAAAUCGACGGAUUCGUUGACGUGGGCGUUGACGAGGAAAAAGACCGAUUCGGAUGAACCGAGCAAAGAAAAACUCAACAGGGUGUUGACGUUCUUCGACUUGACCGCACUGGGCACCGGCUCCACGUUGGGAUGCGGUGUGUACGUGUUGGCCGGAGCAGUGGCCAAAUCGAUCGCCGGACCAGCCGUAGUCCUGUCCUUCGCCAUCGCCGCCGUGGUGUCUGCAUUUUCCGGGCUGUGUUAUGCCGAGUUUGCCGGCCGAGUACCCAAAGCUGGAUCUGCGUACAUCUACAGUUACGUGGCAGUCGGCGAGUUCACCGCCUUCGUCAUCGGUUGGAAUCUACUCAUCGAACAUCUCAUUGGAACCGCAUCCGUGGCCAAGGCCAUGAGCAACUACUGCGAUUCUAUGCUGGGAAACCCGCAGAGGAGAUACAUGACCGAAUAUUUUCCCAUACACAUCGGUUUCUUGGCCGAUUAUCCCGACCUUGCGUCAUUCGUCGUGAUCGUCAUCAUUUCGCUAUUGGUGGCUUGGGGUGUUCGUGAAUCGUCGUUUACCAACAACAUAUUUACCGCACUAAAUCUGAUAACCGUUUGCACCGUGAUUGUCACAGGGUUUUACAAAGCCAACUACUCAAACUGGUCUAUUCCGAAAAGCGAAAUACCACCCGAAGCAAAAGGUGGCGAAGGCGGAUUCUUACCAUUCGGAUGGGUCGGCGUAGUAGCAGGAGCUGCGAAAUGUUUCUACGGAUUCAUCGGUUUCGAUUCGAUUGCCACGACUGGCGAAGAAACAAAAAAUCCCAAAAGAGACAUACCGUUGGCGAUUGUCGCGUCUCUGUUUCUGAGCACCCUCGCUUAUUGCGGCGUGGCCACCGUUUUAACACUCAUGUGGCCUUACUAUUUGCAGGAUCCGGAUGCACCGCUUCCGGCCCUCUAUGAAAAUUUGAAUAUGCCGACGAUAAAAAUUAUAGUCUCGGGUGGUGCGAUAUUCGCAUUGUGCACGAGUCUUUUGGGUGCAAUAUUUCCACUGCCUCGCAUCUUGUACGCGAUGGCUAGCGACGGUCUGCUUUUCAAGUUCUUGUCGAAUAUCAACGCCACGACCAAGACCCCUCUGAUAUCCACGAUCAUUUGCGGAGUUUUCGCCGGUGCCUUGUCCGCCGUAUUCAAUCUCGAGCAGCUCAUCGAUAUGGCGUCAAUCGGCACACUCCAGGCCUACACGAUCGUUUGCAUUUGCGUGUUGAUAUUGCGGUACACCGACAACAGUCCGUCCAUCCAUGACAACACAGUGAAGUCGAAAGGUAUCACGGUUUUCACAUGGUUGAACUUGUCGAACGCAAAAGUGCCGAACUCCGACACACAAUACGUUUCAAGGGCGUUGAUAUUUAUAUUUAGUGUAUGUACGUUUGUCUUUGCAAUAAGCUUGGCGAACAUGGAAUCACAUCAUGGAAACACGAGGAAUAUACUCAUGAUAAUAAACGUUAUAUCACUUUUGGUGUUGUUGGUGACGUUGUUCAUGCUGGGAAGACUUCCGACAGCCGUGGAAGAUCUAUCGUUCAAGGUACCUUUGGUUCCCAUCAUACCGUGCUUGAGCAUUGUUCUAAAUGUUUACCUGAUGAUGGAACUCGAGUACAAGACUUGGAUAAGGUUCAUCGUGUGGCUCAUAUGUGGAUUAUUGAUAUAUUUGUUCUACGGCAUCGGUCACAGUUUGGAAGGCAAUAAGCAAAAAAUUCAGCUAAACACAAUUCAAAUCAAACCGAAGCUAUCCAAGUAGUUAUUUGGAUAUUUGUAAAAUUAUAUAUAGGUUGGAAUCGAUUCGAUUGGUUUUCUCAUCUAUUUUGAAAAACUUGUACACUUAUAUAGUUAUAUUAGUGAUCUAUAUUGUAUAGGUACUUUACUCAGUUUUAGUAUUUUUAGUGCUUUCUUGUUUUAUUUUAAGUGAUUUUUUUAAGAUUUUUUAAUGUUAUUA